UAAGCGGGGAAAGAGGCCACCACUGUCCUUAGGGACAGCAGUGAUGAGGAUGCAGAAGAAGGGCACCUUUGCAAAGAGCCGUGGCUGCCAGUCUGAUAAGCUUCUGGCAGUGUUUUCCUGUUAAAUCCCAAUUAACUCAGUUUUAAAGGCUGAGUCCAGGCAAGUGUGUGAUAUAGGAGGACUCCUCAAGGCAACUCAGGAUAGCUGGACUCCAGAUACCAACAUGACUGAGCGCUUUGACUGCCACUACUGCAAAGAGUCUCUGUUUGGUAAGAAGUACAUCCUGAAGGAGGACAGCCCCUACUGUGUGAAAUGCUAUGAAAAUCUUUAUUCCAAUACCUGCGAGGAAUGUAAAAAACCUAUCGGCGCUGACUGCAAGGAUCUGUCUUACAAGGACCGCCACUGGCAUGAAACCUGCUUCCACUGCUUCCAGUGCAAGAAUUCAUUGGUGGACAAACCUUUUGCUGCAAAAGAGGAACAUCUACUUUGUACUGACUGCUACUCCAAUGAAUACUCUUCCAAAUGUAAUGAGUGCAAGAAGACUAUUAUGCCAGGUACUCGGAAGAUGGAAUACAAAGGCAACAGCUGGCACGAGACCUGCUUUAUCUGCUACCGCUGCCAACAGCCUAUUGGGACAAAGAGUUUCAUCCCUAAGGACCACCAAAACUUUUGUGUACCCUGCUAUGAAAAGCAAUUUGCCAUGCAGUGUGUCCAGUGCAAGAAGGCUAUCACUACAGGAGGUGUUACUUACCGGGAGCAGCCAUGGCAUAAGGAGUGCUUCGUUUGUACUGGAUGCAAGAAGCAGUUGUCUGGACAACGCUUUACCUCCAGGGAUGAGUUUGCAUACUGCUUGAGCUGCUUCUGCAACCUCUAUGCCAAAAAGUGUGCUGGGUGCACAAACCCAAUCAGUGGACUCGGAGGAACCAAGUACAUCUCCUUUGAAGAACGGCAGUGGCAUAAUGAUUGCUUUAACUGCAAGAAGUGCUCUCUUUCAUUGGUAGGUCGUGGCUUCCUCACAGAAAGGGAUGACAUCCUUUGCCCUGAAUGUGGGAAGGAUAUCUAAAGCUCAAACUAAGAGGUGAGGAAGAAGAGAGAGGAAAGCCGUGCUUCCAAUAUAUAGUCUGAAACACACGGAUGUUCAGAACUAGCUUUGCCAUUCUGUGUCUCGCUGUACUAUUAACAUUACUUAGCCUUUUUCAUUAUACUCUCCAAGUCUGGAGGGAAAACUCGAAUAUCUCCAGUAGCAGUGUUGGUGUUUAAGAUUUCUGCAGCAAACAAAAACUGAUUCAAAAUACAAGAUGUAAAACCAUUUGGCUGUUUUUGACAUACAUACUAUUUUUCAUGUUUGUUUUUUUUCCUUCCAGUAAAUAUUCCAGUUACAGUCAAGUGAUACAGUUCAAGGAUUACAAUAGCCACACACAAUACAUUCAUAGGUGGAUAUUUAGGGUGAAACCUUCAGCCCACUAAAAUUAACAGCAAAUGCCAUUCAAUUUUAGUAAAGUGAUGGUCUUACCCCAGUGUUCUUGAGCUGUGUGACAAGUGUGUGCUGUCAAAUCUGUAUAAAGACUGCAAAGGUAGAGUGUGUUUCAAUGUACAGGGAUUUGUGCCAUGCCAUAAAGAGAUAAUGAUAAUUGGGAGUGCGUCACAAUAGGUACAGUUUAUUGCAUGACUAGCUGAUCAUUGUGUGAAGUACAAGUUCUGAUUGACAGUGUCAGUAUUCCAGUUGGUUGACAUUACA